AAAGAGUGACAGUACUUGCACCGAUGUUAAAUUGUAAAAGGAAAGUGACAAAUCACGCAAAUGGAGAAAGGAAACUAGAGAGAGAGAGAGAGAGAUGUCGAAGGUGGUGGUUCUAGACAACGGCGCUGGCCUCAUAAAGGCCGGAAUUGCCGGCGAGCGGGAUCCCGCAGCCGUCGUCCCAAACUGCCUCGCUCGCCCUCUUUCCUCCAAGAAGUGGCUAAUCGCCGACCAACUCCUCUACUCCUCCGCCGACCAUGACCUCACCUCCGCCGCCGUCCGCCGCCCCUUCGACCGCGGCUACCUCCUGAACGCCGACCUCCAGCGCGAAAUCUGGUCCCACCUCUUCUCCACUGUCCUCCACGUCACCCCCUCCUCCACCUCUCUCCUCCUCGUCGAGCCUCUCUUCAACCUUCCCUCAAUCCAAGCCACCGUCGACGAGAUUGUGUUCGAAGACUUAGGGUUUAAAUCUCUGUUCGUCGCCGACUCGCCCUCUUUGGUCCAUCUCUACGAGGCCAGCCGGAGCCCGUAUGGCGUUGUUUCAAAAACGCAGACUAGUCUCGUCGUCGACUGCGGAUUCUCCUUCACCCACGCCGCGCCGGUGUUCCAGAACUUCACGGUGAACUACGGUGUCAAGCGGCUCGAUUUGGGCGGCAAGGCGCUGACCAACUACCUGAAGGAGUUGGUUUCAUAUCGGGCUGUGAAUGUGAUGGACGAGACCUUCGUCAUGGACGAUGUGAAGGAGAAGCUUUGCUUUGUUUCGCUCGACGUCGGUAGGGAUUUGCAGAUUGCCAGGAGACCUGGAAGGGACAAUUUCUUCAGGUGCACAUACGUGCUUCCUGAUGGAGUCACUCAUAUGAAGGGUUUUGUAAAAGACCCAGAUGAAGCAAAGAGAUAUUUGAGCUUAGAGGAUGGAUCCACACCAUCAGAACUCAAAACAAAAGAGGAAAUGGAUGACACUGAAGAUGCAGAGAAAACUAAGGGCAGAAGGACAAUUGAUCUAACGAAAAAUGAAUUCAGCUUGACGAAUGAGCGCUUCCUUGUGCCAGAAAUGAUUUUCCGCCCUGCUGAUUUGGGAAUGAACCAGGCUGGACUUGCAGAGUGCAUUGUUCGUGCUGUCAAUUCCUGCCAUCCUUACCUUCACCCUGUACUGUAUGAGAGCAUUAUAUUGACUGGUGGAAGCACAUUAUUUCCUCGUUUUGCCAAAAGACUUGAAAGAGAGCUUCGACCUCUUGUCCCUGACAACUAUCAAGUGAAAAUAACAACUCAAGAAGAUCCUAUAUUAGGUGUAUGGCGAGGUGGCUCACUUCUGGCUUCUAGUCCUGAUUUUGAAACAAUGUGCGUCACCAAAGCUGAGUAUGAGGAGUUUGGAUCUGCCAGAUGUCGCAAGCGGUUCUUCCAUUGAUUACCUUACCAGAAAUCUUGAAGUGGAACGGCGAAUUAUGGAAAAUUGUAGGUGAAUGUCAACUAUCAUGUCAGGUCAAAGCAUCGUGUCUUAUCAAUCAUUGGUCUUACCUUCGAACAAAGAGGACGACAUAGGAAAAGCUUUGCUUUUUCAUAUAUCCAAGCUCUUGAGAUGAAAGGCUCCAUCACCACCCAUUUCAUGAUACGUGCUGGCUUCUUGCUUCUUUGUGAACUUAAAUAAGAGGAUUACUUGAUCUCCAAUUCAUUAAACUCAGAAGCAAGCCUGUUGAGUCAUCCUGACAACGAUUGAAGAGGACAAAUACAACAUAAGCGCAGAACGGGAAGGAAGAAGCUUGGAAGAAAGUUUUGGGUUGCUCAAGCAGACUGUGGAGACCUUGUGGGAAGUCUUGGUCCGAGUGCAGUCCUGUUGCGAUCAUAUGGAGCCCUGCCCGGGACUUGCUCUCCUCAAAUUAGAAAGACAACAUGAUCUCCAAUCUUUUACACCUUCCAGAUGCACGGCACUGGAAUGCUCAAGAUUUUUGCACAAAUCUUUUGAAAGGUCGCCAUUCUGUCAGCCUAACCCAAUUACCCUGUUCACUGAUCUGGAUUGUGACUCGUUCCAUUGAAAAUAUGAUGGGGGCUUCAUAGGCAACUGAAUAUUAUUUGCAUCGGAUUUAGGAAUCAAAGUUUGUGAAGUUAGUUCAUAAACAGUUUAUAUGAUAAACUUCGUGUCCAGAAACUCUCUCAGGUGAACUGUGAACAUGAUCUGUGAUUUCAGUUCAGAGGUCUACGAAACACUUGGUUUCUGUACCCCUUAAAAUUGAUUAACCAAUUGAAAAAGAGGGCAGUGCAGUUCUCUGGCAAGAGCUACAACAAUGGUCAUACAUUUCACAAGUAUCACUAACGGUAUAUACUACAUAUUGUCUUACAUAUGAACAAUUAUUCCAAUAAAUGUCUACAAAUAAUAUACUACGUACUUCAAAUUACAAUGAAAUGCCAUCUUUAUGAGUUUGUACUA